AUGGACAGUAUCAAAUCCGUGUUAACCAGUGAAACAACAAUGGCUUAUUAUAAUCCCUCGCACAAAAUUGAAGUUCUUGUAGAUGCAAGUCCAGUUGGUCUUGGUGCUAUACUUGUCCAAUAUCCUACCACUAGAGAUCACAGUGCUUCGCCACGUAUUGUCAGUUAUGCCAGUCGGGUAUUAACUCCUGUAGAGACUCGCUAUUCACAAAUUGAGCGAGAAGCUCUGGCUAUUGUCUGGUCAUGUCAUAAAUUUCAUCUAUAUUUAUAUGGUACCCAAUUCUCUGUUAUUACUGAUCACAAGCCACUGGAACGUCUUUUCAACGACCCACAAAGCAAACCACCUGCUCGUAUUGAACGAUGGUUAUUAAAG